AUGAUGUGCAGCUCUAUUCGCAUCGUCACCAACUCUGGAGAACAAAUGCCAGAAUCGCUUCUAGCCCCCGACCAGCAAAUGGAUCAAUAUCGCCAAUUGGCCGUUCAUUGCUUGUUCGCUGGAAACUAUGCCACUGGUCCGCCCCAUGCGGUCGAAGCUCUGAUACUAUAUUUCUUCACAGAGUAUACGCGAAACCCGGAUAUGCAAUUACCCUGCUGGCUUCUCUUUGGGGUAGUUCUUCGCAUUGCUAUGCGUAAAGGGUACCAUCGUGACGCUCGACACCAUCCCGGACUGUCCAUUUUGGAAGGCGAGAUGCGAAGACGUUCAUGGACGAUAUUAUUUCACAUGGAUCUUCUCACGUCGGUAGAUGCGAGUUUGCCUCGUAUGAUCCAACCGUCGCAGAUGGAUUCCGACUUACCUCGUUGUAUCCGCGAUGAAGAUAUUGAUGAAACCACUAUGGAACUCCCACCUUCCAGACCGGACGUGGCCAACCCCUUGCUUGCAUUCACAAUUGUGAAAAGGGCACUGGUAAUCGUCUUUGGUACGAUUGUAGAUUUGAAUAACACAAAAGAGUUUGCGCCGUAUGAGGAAAUAUUGCAGUUGGACAAGGCCCUGCAGGAUAGUUGCCGAGUCAUACCAACGACAAGCAAGGCGAACCCCACGGAAUCCGCCGUGGCCGAAUCACCAGGCUUAAUCAGGCGUCGAUUAAUGCUUGAUCUCAUGUACCAAAAGGCCCGUUGUAUGCUGCACCGCAAAUAUUACACCCUCUCCUGGAACAAUCCGCAGUACAUGUACUCGCGCCAGACGUGCAUUGAGGCAGCAAUGACGACGCUGCGACAGCAAGCGGUUCUACAUCAAGAGUCGCAGCCGGGGGGCAUGCUACAUCAAUUCAAAUGGAUAAGAAUAUCGCUCAUAGCGCAUGAGUCGCUCCUUUCUGCAAUGAUUCUUUGUAUGUACCUGGACCGUCUAAAUCAGCAGAGUGUUGGCGGUGUUGGCGAUAUUGCCAUUGAUAAUAUGACACCGGAGAGAAGGUCGGAGAUGUUGCAUUUGUUGGAGUCUGCGUAUGCUAUAUUAAGUGUUUCCGCAGUGUCCUCUAAACGUGCCGCAAGGGCGUGUAAGGUGUUGAAUAUCAUUCUCCAGAAGGUGGGAUUAAUGCUCCCGAUGCCAAACAACAUCAUGAAUGAAAUUGCGCCGGUGCAGCAGGCGAAUGCAAUGGUGCCGCUAGACGCAAGGGCUCAUUCUGGACUCGGAACCCUAACUGCAGCACCAACAAUACCCAUGUUCAAUCCGCAGGACGGGGAAUACACUCAGACGCCACCCAUCCCUGUGCCGAUUCCGAUUAGUGAAAUGGGCUUAAUUGAUCCGGAGGAAAUGUUUUUUAGCCCGGAAAUCAUGACGAUUCGUAACUUUGUCCAAUUUCCCCAAGAGAUAGACUGGAACGAAUGGGAUAACUCUUUUCGCCUGUAUGAUUGGAGCUACUCGUUCGAUAUGUCAGAAAUGGGUGAGUGA